AAGCCCCACCCAGAUGAAUUAUGUUUAUUUUUUUUGUUUUACUUCCUCAUCUAUAUAUCAAAUAUAGCUUUUAAAGCAUCAGCUGGCUUCCACACGUAUUUCUGGUCUCUUAGUCACACUAGUGGUGUUAAUAUAGCAGUGAUGAUGAUGUAUGUGGAAAUAUGUGAGUGGGUGGAAAUUCCCAUGUAAUGAUGAUAGAUGACAGUAGAUUGUAGUUUACACAGAACUAACCUUCCUUCACAGUAUUCAGGAUUUUCUCUUACACUCUUCUGACUUAAUUAAUGAUACACUUUAGAGCUACCAACCUUUUUUUAUCUAGAUCGCCGUGUGUGUGGCCCCUGAGGACCUCUAGUGGGUGCUUGAUGGAAACACAGAGGAAGCUGUCUGCUUCAGGUCGCUGGCAGCCAGUCAGUCAGUUGUUGCUCCGGUGAGAAUGAACUAACUGUGUGCAUCGGGAUCACAUGUGUUGCUCGAACAAAAAAGCGAUGAAAAUGUCGAUUGUUGACCGAUAACUUAUUUGGAGUCGACUGCUUGAGAUGUAUCCGGACACAAGGGAUGUUUACUGAUGAAUAAGGACAGAGAAAACAGAAGAGAAGCGAUGAUGAACUCAGGCAUGCAAAAGCCACCUCUGGCCCCAAAACCAAAGUUGGUCCAGCAGCCCCAGAGGCCAGGGCUGUCUCCCUCCACCCCCAGAAGAGACGUCCUCUUGCUCCCAUCUCCUGGCACGCCGAGGAGAGUCAAACCAGCCCUGGCCCCGAAACCCUGCCUCUCCAAACCCACCAAACCGCUCGCUUCAAAGAGCCCGCUCCAAACAUCUGCGACAGAAACCCCGCGGAUCGAGGGGCUUCUUAACUCCCACAAUGGAAUACAGCAGGAGAACAAAAAGUCAGAUUGGGAUUAUAUUAUUCCCAUUUGUCUGUGCAGCCAGUUAAACUGCACGUGCGUCAGGAACACAAACAGAAAGCUUCCCCGAGGUACUGUGGAUAACGGCGUUCAUCAAGUGAUGAACACGUCCGCCAAUACUCACCUCACAAACCAUAAACCUCUUGAAACUUUAGACAGAACUCUCAACACAGACACCUCUAGUCCCGAUGCGACCGCUAGGCCGUCCCUUCCUCACAGAACAUGGAGCGAUGAGGCAAACGGUAAUAUAACGCCCCAGGGUGCACCUGGGCGAGGACUAAAGGAAGAUGCUCUUUGCUCAGAGCACAUAUCUCGUGCACCCAAGGCCAAACCAGUGCCCUCUAGGAAGCCCAUCCCUGUCCCUGUACCACGGAAACCAAGGACGCCUGUGCUUGACCGCCAGGAAAAGGUGGAGGAGGAGAGUGUAGAGAUUGCGAGCCAGGAAGGGAGGGAGAUGGACGUCAAAGAGGUGAAGGUGUCAUCGGAGGGGAAAGGCAGCUCAUCGCUGUCUGUCAGUGUACCUGUUGAAAACAGGCCGCCGCUGUCUGCGAGAAAGGCCUGCGCUCAGCCGGCACCUCCGCCCAAGAAGAAGCCUCUGCUGUCUGCACCUGAGAAAGCGCCGACCUCUGCUCUCCCAAAGGAUGUGGAGGAGUACGACCUGGGUUGGGACAGCAGCAGCCAGGAGAUGGAGGUAUCGGUUGACAAGGAGGAUGAAGAGGUGGAGGUGGAGGAGGAAGUAACGCACGAUGAUCAGGACGCCCUCUACAGUGACUUCACACCUCCUUCUCGCAGUUUGCUCAGUCAACCGGAGCUGAGUCGGCCUCCUGCCGUCACCGUGGCAGCAGCAGAAGACGAGACGGUCAAGGUCGUUCCAAAGAAGCCCCAGAGACAGAGCAGCCCGAUGGCGUGGAUGCAGAGGAAGGAGUCCUCUGAGGAAGAGUGGAAGUCAGGAGACGACGAGAAAAAACCGGCCCCUCCUGUACCAGACAGUGCUUUGAAGGAGAGAGUGAUGAGGGAGCUGCCUUCGCCUCCAGAUGUGAAACCGAGCAGCAAACUCGCAAUACCUGGAAUCACCAAGCCUUCUCGGUCCAGCCUGGGCAAACAGAGAGCCAAGUCGUUCUCGGGCGCCGACCUCUUUCGCUCCGACGGGCAGAAGAGGAACUCUUUCCGGAAGCUGCUAGACUUGAAGCUCUCUGUGAAGAUGAUCCCCAAGCUGAUAGCAAAAGGAGGCCAGAGCCCUGAGCGCAACGCGAGCAAUAACGAACAAAGCAUCGACAGGGGCCAAGACGGAUCUCAGGAUCUCUUCGAGCAUUUCAGAGCUCAGCGCAAAUUGUCCUGCCCGCUGAUUGGAGUAGAGCAAAGUGUGGACGGAGAUGAGUUUUCUGCUGGAGCAGAACAAGCUGAUGACUACGAGAACAUGCCUCACUAUGAGGAGAUACCAGACUACAUGAAUGUGCGUUUAGGAAGGGCAGUGACGUCCCCUCAGGCCUCCAUCUCUCAGCUUGAAGACUGGCAGUAUAAUGAUGAGGGCAUCUACGAGGAGCAGGAGCCGUAUAUGGCCUUUGAGAAAAACACUGGACGCCAACAGUGUCAGACGCCAACAGACUAUGAGAGAAGCUCUAUCGAUGAGGAGGUGACGCCCCUGGAUGAUCCCUCAGAUGAUGGCCCCUCAGAUGAUGACGUCUUGGGCAACACCUCUGAGGACGAGGACGAUAGCAGCUCCUUCUCAAGUAAAGGAGACGCUGAGCAGCCAGAGGAGAGUACGAGUGGACAGAAGAAGAGCAAGAUUCACCACAUCGCCACAGAAAUCAUGACCUCCGAGAGUGUGUUUGUUGAUGUGCUGAAGCUGCUUCAUGUCGACUUCCGUGACGCAGCAUCCACGGCGUCUCGUCAGAGUGGGAAGCCCGUGAUUGAGGAGCGUCUUCUCAACCAGAUUCUGUACUACCUCCCACAGCUCUACGAACUCAACCACGACCUGCUCAGAGAGCUGAAGCAGAGAGUAGCCAAAUGGGAUGAGAACGCCAAGCUGGCAGACAUCUUCCUGAAGAAAGGGCCCUAUCUGAAGAUGUACUCCACUUACAUCCGCGAGUUUGAUAAGAAUGUGGCUCUACUGGAAGAGCAGACGAAGAAGAACCCAGCAUUCGGCGCUGUGGUUCGGGAGUUUGAGGCCAGUCCACGCUGUGCCAACUUGGCUCUGAAGCAUUACCUACUGAAGCCCGUUCAGAGGAUUCCUCAGUAUCGGAUGCUGCUCACAGAUUAUCUAAAACACCUGUCUGAAGACUCAGAUGAUUACAAGGACACACAAGCUGCUCUUGAAAUAGUGAAAGAGGUGGCCAAUCACGCAAACGACAUCAUGAAACAAGGGGAUAACUUCCAGAAGCUGAUCCAGGUGCAGUGCCGUCUGAACGGCCAUCAUGAGAUCGUCCAACCUGGGCGGAUCUUCCUGAAAGAGGGCUCCCUGAAGAAGCUGUCCAGGAAGGUCAUGCAGCCCAGAAUGUUCUUCCUGUUUAACGACACAUUGCUGUACACCGUUCCUGUUCAGUCUGGCCAGUACAAGGUCAAGAACAUGCUGCCUCUGGCUGGGAUGAAGGUUAGCAAACCAAGCCAAGAGGCCUAUCAGAACGAGCUGAACAUUGAGAGCGUGGAGCGCUCCUUCAUCCUCUCAGCGAGUUCAGCCACAGAGCGAGACGAAUGGCUUGAGACCAUUUCCACGGCGAUCAACGACUACACAAGGAAGAAGAUCAGUUUCAUAUCUGGCAAAUCUCUAGAAGAGGUAGAGCUGGGGGAUGACGAUGAUGACACUCCUUUGGGAUCCAAAGCCCCCAUUUGGAUCCCUGACCCACGGACCACCAUGUGUAUGAUCUGCACCUGUGAGUUCACCCUAACAUGGAGGCGACAUCACUGCCGCGCAUGCGGAAAGGUGGUGUGCCAGUCUUGUUCCUCCAACAAAUACUGUCUUGAAUACCUAAAGAACCAGUUAGGACGAGUGUGUGACCAGUGUUUCCCUGUUCUUCAGCACCAGAAAAGUAAGGAAGCCCACUCAUCACCACUAUCCCCUGGAAACAGAACGUUUCCUUUCUCCAGGAGGCAGAAGAAGAUACCCGCAGCACUCAAAGAGGUGACAGCAAGCACAGACAACUCCUCCAUGAGUGGGUACCUGCAGAGGUCAAAGGGCAAUAAGAAGCAGGGGAAGAGGCUAUGGUUCGUUAUCAAAAACAAGGUCCUAUACACGUACGCUGCAAGCGAGGAUGUUGCAGCCCUAGAGAGUCAGCCCCUCUUAGGAUUUAUGUUGAAAGUUGAUUCAUCACAGAAGUUACAGUUCAAGCUUUACCACAAAAAGACACUGUACCACAAUUUUAAAGCUGACGACCUCCAAACAGCACAGAGAUGGAUCGACUCAUUCAAAGAAGCCACGGUGCUUUAAUAUCGGUUGACAAUGUGUGUAGCUGGUCAACAUACUGUUUUACCUCAGUGCUCUUUGAAUCCUGCAAAACAGCAUCUGGAGACACCGUAUUAGUUGCACUGUCUGAAAUAAAAUGCAAAUAUAUUAUUUUAUUGCUUUUAUCAGACAUACUACCUUUUACUUAGCCAUGUUAGUUUUGUAUAUUAACAUUAAUUUUUUUCACCGGGAUUUAUGCAAUUUUGGCUACAAAUUUAAAAUCAUAUGCCACAAUCAUCUGUGGCUAUUUUACACUUUGUUUAUUGUCACAACAUUUUAAUUAUUUUCUUAGGAACCUGCUUGGAUCUCCGUAGCACAGAUGUUAAUAAACGUUCACCUUACAUUAUUAAGUCUUUCUGUAACUCUGAGUCUAACCUAGAGUGUUAAUUGUUUAUCAGGGGAUUAUUCACUAUUUGGACAUAACUACCAUAAUGUGUAUUGUAAUUGUGCACGCACGCACGCACGCACGCACGCACGCACGCACGCACGCACGCACGCACGCACACACACAACUUCUGUAAAUAUAGAGCAUUGUAAAUGAAAUGUAAUCAAAUUUCCAUGAAUCUCACUUUUAUUAUUUAAAUUCUGUCACUGUAAUAAAUUUGUUUUACUUUG